AGCAGACACUGGAGCAGAGGGUCUGUUCUAAAGGAUCAAAGGUUUACGCGUCAAAUGUCCACGGAGGGUCGGACAAGAAAUAUGGCUGCAGAAUCUCAUCAAUGGAUAUAAAGAAAAGGGCUAAAAGCAUAACAUGACAUCGCCACAAUCUGACUGAUAAUCUGUGAACUAUGCAGGAAAGCGAGAAGAGAAACAGCUUCAAGAAGAUGCUGAGAAAAGAGCAGGAAGAGGAAAUUGAAGCGGUCCCAGUAAUGAGCCAUGAGGAAGAGGAGGAACUGGGGGUCUCCGACACUGAAGAUGAGGAAGAACAAGGAACAUUUCCACUUAUCACCGCCUGUCGUAUAGGAAUAACUCAGGUGGUGCAGCGGCUGCUGAGGGGGGGGGGGCGAUCUGACCCUGUGUGACCGCAGCCAGCAGACAGCGCUCCACAUCAGCUCCCCCGAGCUCCAGGGGAAAGUGCUGGGGUGGAUGUCGAGGCCUCAUCUGCCCCCCCAGGCCCAGCUGCUGCAGGCUGCCUGGCAGGGAGACCUGCACUCCUUACAGCUCCUGCUGGCUCAGACAGACAGGGUGGAUGUGAAUGUUCCGAACAGUGACGGUGUGACGGCGGUGUGAUGCUCGCUGUCAGGGACAUUGACCUGUUUGAAGACCUUGCUACACGGUUGACAUGGGAACACCGACCUCUGGAAGUGGUCAAGGAACUGCUGGGACUCUCGCCUGAUCUGCGCGUACGAGACGACAGCGGCUGUUCUGCUAUCCACUAUGCUGUUAACAUCAGCAGCCCUCUGAAGGAGGAGAUCAUUCAUAUGAUGGUGGAGGCCUUAAGUCACGCAGAUGGUGCCUCCAUGUCACCUCUAGCGCUUGACAAGUACUCAAGCCAGGAUUCGGACUCAGAGUUUGGAGAUUCGGAUGUAGAGUUGGACCUUGAGAGCCUUUAUCACAACCGGUCAGCUGCUGCCUCCCCCACGCAGACACCAACCCAUCAGGACGGCUUUCUACUAUACAGCCACCCAGGGGAAGUACUGGAGUCUCCAGGUUACUCUCCUCUAUCUGACCAUCAUAAAGGUCUCAGCCAAGAUAAGGGAAUCCCCCUCUGUUUCCAAAACGCCAUGGAAACGCUGAGAGACAUCAGGCAAGCCUACCAGGACGCAGGGAGAAGAAGCAGAGGAGGUUUGUCUUUGCCUCACCUUGGGGACAACGGCAGACGCUGGAGCCAUCUGGAUCCUUCUCCCUCACCUGGUUUGCUGAGUACCAGGACCUCCUGUCUGCCAGUACCUCCUGAACACAGAAAGAGAACAACAAGUGUGGUGGCUGCACCCCCAUCCUCCCCCAGCCUGCUGUCUGUGACAGAGCCCAGCCCGCUCAGCCAAUCAGCACCCAGCAUCCUGGAACCACUGCUCUGUUCCAACAGUAUGAUCCAGGCCAGAGCACACAUCCAGAGCCGACUGGGUACUCAAGAAACUGAAAAUGAACAAAAGGGUCCCUUACUGUCUCUGCAUCCCAGAACCCCCAAGCUGUUGGCCCCACUGGACAGCAGGCCCCGGGACAUUGCUGCCCUGCCAGCACUUAAACACCACGUUCCCCUGAAGCCCAUAAGCCAGAGCCCCCUUUGCUCUAGGACCCGGCUGAGGAGAGAACGGUUGUUCUGGGGAAGCCCACUGACUACUAAGGGAGAAAGUGAGGAAAGCGGGUCCGGCAGCAGCCAGAGUUCCAUCGACCUGGAGGACGAGGAAGAUACAAAGGACAUACUAAAGCGAGCUUCGGGAGAAAGACCUCUGAAGUUUGUUGGAGAAAGAUUGUUGCGGCAAUCCAACAGCAUGAGCGCCACCGAGGCUGAUUUGGUUUGGGAUAAAAGGCAGCAUUUUAAAGUUCAGUCAAGAAUCAUUCAUAUUCCACUGAUCCACAGAUCAGUACAUGACCUGGACGGAGACCCUAUCAGUGAUCUUGACAAUGCUAAACCAGCUAUAAACCCUCACUCUAAAGGCAAAGCCACCAGAAGGAUUUUUACAAAGGAGACUGAUGAGAGUCAGUCCUUUAUGAACUAUGCACAAAAAGGAGACAUCGUGGACAUUGAAAUACCUAUCAAAUCAAAGUCUAAGGAGGAAAAUAACUAUGUGGGUUGCACCCCAGAGCCUGGGACUGAGAUUAGCCAUAGCAUAACAUUUAUUAUCAAGGAUGACAAUAGGGAUGUUAUUGCAUACCGUGAAGGAACUUCCAAAAAUGACCCACAGCAGGUUAAACGGACAGAACGGAGAAUGAAGGAUUCCUGUUAUGAAAUAAACGGCGUAGGUAGCCCAAUCAUUUGUAGCAAGGAUUUGACGUUAACUGCUAGCACUACCGAGGAGAAAAUACAAUUAUUUACUUCAGCUGUAAAACUUCCUCAGUCAGACAUGGAUCCCAAGAAAGAUGAGAAGAUGUUGAAAGCCUUAAAGCCUGUCCGAAACAAGGACAGAAGAAGUAGCACAAACAGUGAAAUGAGAGAAAACAUUGAAACGAACCAGCAGUCCUUCAACAUGGUAGCGCGCAAAGAGCGAAGCAUCCUCAAUCGGAAUAAGUCCACAAGUAAUCUGAAGAACUCCUCACUUUCCGCACAAGGUAAAGAUAAAACAAGGAAAAGCCCAGAGCUAAUUAUUGGCGGAGAGACUGUCAUAAAAGGGAAGUCAAAGCUUAAAGUAGCAUGUUCUAACAAUGGCACCAUAUCACCUAGGAAGAAGCUUAAUGAUCAGAGCAAAAGACCAAAUCCUGAGAAGAUGAACAGCAACAGAAUUCCACCAGUUAGGGAGGUGAAGACCAUCUGGCAGUUAAAGAGACCCAGUCUAGCAGGCAAACCCAGGUCUAAAUCUGCUGUGGACUUCAUCACCUACAAAGACAUGUUUAAGCAGAUCCAUAGUGGGGAUGAAGGACCAGCCAUCUACGAGAUGUUUGCUGGUCCCGUCUAUGAUAACCUUCGAGUUUCUAGCUCCUGUGAGAAAGUCAAGGACAGACAAGUGCAGUCUGCUCCAUCCAGGAAGACGCCACAGUGGCAUAAAGUCAAACACAGAACAUCGAAACAAGCACAGAGGAGAAGUCCGGGGGAGAGCAUGGUUAUUUCAGCUAAAGGCAAACCAAAACAUGCGUCCUCUAGGGUGAAACAUCUCCACACACCUGUGCCAAGGAAAGUUAUUCUGAAAAAUAAGAAUAUGCCUGUAUCAGAUAGACUCAAAGAAGCUGAACUAUCUAAGGAUAAUGACAUUUUCCGUGGUAGUGCUCAAGAAACCAUUUUGUCUACGAUCGAGGAAGCUCUUUCUAGACAUGGGUCUGAAACAGUCAAAUCUGAUGAGAAAACAUUGACCAAGCCAAGAGCUUUAUCUCAUUAUACUCACCCCCACAUGAACAUGCAAGAAAUAGAAAACCCAAACCGACCAGUUUCUGAGCCUGUGUUAUCUCAAAGCCCCCAACAGGCAAAGAUCCAAACCUGGGCUUCUUCCAGCAGUGGUGACCACACCAUUGUGUCACCAGUUUACAAGAAGUUUCUGGAUGAGGUGGGGGACGGGCCACUUACAGAUGACCUGCUGCAAUGUCUGGCUGAGGAGCUGAUCUCAUUGGACGAGAGAGAUGUAUACAUAGAACCUGAGAGCCUGGAAUCGGAUGGAGAAAUCAAUUCUAUAUCAGUAAAGACCCCAGACAGUGGUGCUCUGCUUGGCUCUGUGUUGGUUGUAGAUGACGCGAUCACAUGGACAAAAGGUGAAGUACUCGGCAGGGGAGCCUAUGGGACAGUGUACUGCGGCCUGACCAGCCAGGGCCAGCUGAUAGCUGUGAAGCAGGUGAGCCUUGAUUCCUCUGACCCAGAUGCUGCCAAGACAGAGUACAUUCGUCUGCAGGGGGAGGUGGAGCUGCUUAAAACUCUAAGACACACCAACAUUGUGGGUUUCCUGGGUACCUCACUCCAACAGCAUGUGGUUUCCAUAUUUAUGGAAUACAUCCCAGGAGGAUCCAUUGCCAGCAUCCUUCACAGGUUUGGUCCUCUGCCAGAGUGUGUCCUGGCCUUGUACACACAUCAGAUUCUGGAAGGGGUGGCCUACCUUCACUUGAACAGGGUGAUUCAUCGUGACUUGAAGGGAAACAACAUCAUGCUGAUGCCCACUGGCGUCAUCAAGCUCAUCGACUUCGGCUGUGCGCGUCGUCUCAGCUGCCUGAACCACACCGCUAGCAACAGUGGAGAUCUGCUGAAGUCUGUCCAUGGCACACCUUACUGGAUGGCACCAGAGGUUAUCAAUGAGACAGGAUAUGGCAGAAAGUCUGAUAUAUGGAGUGUGGGUUGCACAGUGUUUGAGAUGGCCACAGGAAAACCACCACUGGCUCACAUGGACAAGAUGGCUGCCUUGUUCUACAUUGGGGCUAAAAGAGGGGUGAUGCCCUCCUUACCAGAUGGGUUUUCGGAUAACGCAAAGGAUUUUGUACAAAUCAGCUUGACAAGCGACCAGAGACUACGGCCAUCUGCACACCAGCUGCUGAAGCAUUCAUUCAUCCCCCAAAAUAAGUUUGGGGCGAACUCCUGGGAGAAGCAGAAAAAAAGCUGCUGUGGUCACCCAGAGGGUCUGUGCGGCUAACAAGUUACAUUUCCAAGAGAAUGUUUAGUUCAAGGACACAUUUUGAUGAUUUCAUUUGAAUUGAUGAAUCAAAUUAUUAUUAAGCAUUCUUUUGCGUCCCUUCGAGGGCUAGACACCAACCCCAUUGAUGCACUAGUAGUGUUUGAGCAUUGGGCUUAUGGUCAUUGCAUUCUUAAAAUGUUAAGAAACAUGAGAAGCACUUUGAACCAUUUAACUUUUGCCUAAUAGAACAUAUCAAAUGUGAACAGAUAAAUGCAACGUUUUUCACCGAUUUUGUAGAUUUUCUAUAGAAAUCUCUUGUGUGCCAAUCUUAUAAAUGCCUUAAUUUAAAAUGUAUACAGUGUAACUCUCAGCUGCCUGUCAGACACUAAUCUAUAUUGCUACAACAUUUUCUAAAGCUAGUUAUACUGAGUUAUUGAGGAAUCAAUGUGUAGAGUUUGCUAAUGCAUCAACUAACCCACAUUAACGUAUUGCUAGAAACAACGUGAAUCAAACAUGUUUAUUUUCUUCGCAACUGUAGUAACAUUGUUAUAUGCAAAAUAAAACGACAACAACCAGGGUUUAUACUGUGUCAGGGUAAUGGCAACUUUGAAGUUUAUUCAUAAUAUUGAAAUGAAAAUGAGAAAAAAGGACGAGGGGGGUUAUGCUUAUUUGUCCUCAACUGCUUUGCUGUGUGCCCUAAAUCCCUAACGAAGGUACCACCAAUCCAGCCUUGAGUACUUUGCACAAAGAGACCAAGUGAAAAACAGAAGGGGUCAAGAUUUGAGAACAUUGCAGAGUUUAAUGUAUGAAACUGAAGACAUGUUCGGACAGGUACAUGGCUGUAAAUGUCAAUUUAACCAGUUGGAUGAAGACAAAACCUAGUUGGGGUGUUAACAUUGCAGAUGCCAAAAUAUCCAGCGGUUAUUGGUUGCAUAUGGCCAAUUGGUCCCGGUUUGAUGUUUUUUUUUCUAUAUAGUACCAUGUUAUUGGCUGAUUGAAUCAUACUUACAUGUAUCCCAUUUAAGGGCUGACAUCUAAAGGCAACAGCUUCACGUCAUGAAAUUAUGUGAUACACUUCAAAGUAAAAAGGGUUAUGUAAACUUUAAUAGCACACUACUACUGUCUUUGUCAGUUGUUUGUCUUUUUGAGGCACAACCUUUGGCAUCCAGCUUAAAGGUCUACUUAUAGGUAAAGAAAAAAAAUGUUUUUGGUAGAAAUUGCAUCACUGAUGUUAUAAUAAGUAGGUGUUGGAUGUGCCUGUGUCACUGAGGGCAUCAAAUGAUAUUCCCUGUGAUGAAAAGCACAGAACAGCACCCCCUUCAGGAAGGUGUAAGAAGCACACGCCACUGGGACGCUGCAAUCAUUCACCGGAUGACACCCAAUCCGUUGAUCAACAAAAUAAAAGUAUUUUAUAGGUAUUAUAGUUAUCUUGUUAUACUUACAAGCAGCUCCAAACCUGAGUAGUCAUAUUUUCUUUCUUUAAACAUACAAAAACGUAUGUACAUUUAUCUCCACUUUCUGUAAACAGCAAGUACGUAUUCUCCUUUUAAAUCCCUUUGAUGAUUGAAACAUGCAAAUCAUACGCACAGUACUAAAGUAUAAAAAAUAAAUCAAGACAAGAAAGAGAUUGAGGAGAUGAAAAUUCACACCUAAAAAAUUAAAGUUGCAUCCAUCAACAGUAUUAAUUGGAAGGCCAGCUAACAUAACUUCAUAACUUGAACUCCUCUCCAGCUGGUCACUGCCUUCCUACAUACAACCGCAGAAAUGGGAUUCAAUUAAAUUAAUCAUUAAAAAAAAGAAGGAAGAAAGAGCACCUUCCGUGCCUCUUAUAGUACUUUUUCCCAUACUGAGAUCUGAAAUGCAGGGAAGUACUUUCCCCUCGAUGAAAACGCACACAUUCACCCAACUUUGCACAUUCCGAGACUCAUUUGAGGAAGGAGAACCAAGCAGCAAUUCAACACUAACAGAAAGAAAGGACUGAGCAUUAGGGCCCAGAGAUCUGACGGUCAGGAAGCAUAAUUUUUUUCAUCUUUCUUGUCUCAGAAAUUGAGAGGUCCAACAAUACUUAUCUUUUUUUUUUUUUUGCAGAUACGCGUUUCUGC